AUGGAAAAAAAGGAAACUAAAACGGUUGUUAUAUCAGAUAUUUUUCAAUGUAAAAAAGUAGUAACUAGGGAGAGACUUAUAAACAUAAUUCAUGAUAUAGACAUUAUUGUACUUUCGGAAACUUGGGAGGUGGUUGACGUAAGGAAUUUUUCUAUUAAUAAUUUUCAAAUAGUUUAUAGCGAAUCUAAGUUUAAUCAAAAUGAUGGCACAAUAAUAUAUGUUAAAAAUUCUCUAAAUGCCCAUACUGAAAUUGUAAAAAUUCAACAAAUAUAUCUUCUUAGAACAAUAGUUACAAUUAACAAACUUACUAUUGGUAUUACUGCAUGCUAUAGGCCAUACGCAAGUGAUAAAGAAAAGUUUAUCGGUGAUCUUAAAAUUUUUUAUGAAAACCGGUUGCAGUGUGAUGUGGAAGUACUGACGGGUGAUAUAAACAUUGAUCUGCUUGACCAAAAUGAAGUUAAGUUAAUUGAAUAUUUAAAUAUACUCUAUGAAAACAAUAUGUUUUCAUACAUAGAUGUACCUACAAGGAAAAAAGAAAAACUUAGUCUAUUAGAUCAUUUUUUUAUAGGUACAAAAAAUAGAAAUAUUGAUAAACAGUUGUGUAUUAAUUCUUAUGUUUUUGAAGCUGGCUUAACUGAUCAUGAUAUAAUCUUUCUCAACAUUAAAAAUAAUCUUUUACAAAAUAAUGCACCUAAAGAUAAUAAGAAAAAAAUAACUAAAAUAAAUUUUUCGACUUUAUUAAAGGACCUUGAAGGUGAAGAAUGGUUGAAUAUUCUUCAGGAAAAUAAUUCAGAAAAUUCAUUUAAUAACUUUAUAAAUAAAAUUAACUAUUAUAUUAACAAAAAUAAGCGUAUUAUAUAUAUUCAAAAUAAUAAAAAUACAAAGAUUAAGCCCUGGAUUACCAUGGGCUUAAUAUCAUGUAUACGUCGAAGAGAUUACCUAAAAAAACAACUACGGAAACAUUUUACUGAAAAUAAAAUACAAGAAUUUAAAACGUACCGUAAUAUAUUAAAUAAACUUAUUUUUAAUACAAAAAAUGAAUAUUUCCAACGUAAAUUAUUAGAUGCAAAAAAUGAUUAUAAAAAAACCUGGGAAGUGAUUAACCAGGCUUCGAAUAUAAAACAAACUAACAACAAUGCAAAAAUCGAAUUAGUAAAUAUACAAGGUGAAACUAUAUUAGAUGACAAAGAAAAAGCCAACUAUUUUAAUAAUUUUUUUAUUACAAUCGGUGAAAAAAUGGCGAGAGAGAUUGAUCAUGGUUGUCCAGUUAAAUAUAAACCAAAAAAUAACAAUAACCAAUCUUUAUUUUUAAAUCCACUAAAAGAAAAUGAAAUAAUCAUAAAUAUUAAUAAAUUAAAAAAUAAAGCAGCUCCGGGUUCUGAUGGUAUAUCAACUUAUACUAUAAAAACCAUUCAUAGAUUUAUAAUUAAGCCCCUAUUACAUAUAUUUAACCUUAUCUUUGAGACUGGUGUGAUUCCUACGGCCAUGAAGGAAUCAGUUGUUACCCCGGUAUACAAAGCAGGAGACAAAAAACAAACUACUAAUUAUAGACCCAUUUCCGUUAUUAACAACUUUGCCAAAUUGUUUGAAUUAUGUUUAAAAGCGCGAUUAAUGAACUUUCUUGAUAGCAAAAAUUUCUUAUCCAAACGACAGUUUGGUUUUAGAGAAAAAAUUGGUACUGAAGAGGCUGUGAUACAAUUUGUCAGGGUUGUUGUUAAUGGUAUGGAUAAAGAUAAGAAAUGUAUCGCGAUAUUUUUGGACUUGGCAAAGGCAUUUGACACUGUUGAUCAUGAGCUCCUACUUGAACGGCUGGAAGACAUUGGCAUACGUGGUACUGCAUUACUUUUGUUUAAAGACUACUUAGAAAAUCGAAAACAAAAGGUAAAAAUAGAUAAUAUUUUAAGUGACCCAUUGACUGUAACCAGAGGCGUGCCCCAGGGAACAGUCAUGGGUCCUAUUCUAUUUUUAAUUUACAUAAAUAGCAUUUACAAUAUUGAAAAUUUUAGUGGUGAAAUCUUCUCAUAUGCUGAUGAUACUGCCAUUGUCUUUCUGGCUGACACAUGGAAGGAUGUUUAUGAUCAUGCUGAGGGGGGCUUGUCAAUCAUAAAAAAUUGGUUGGAUACCAGUCUUCUUAGUCUAAACAUUGAAAAAACACAUUUUAUUACGUUCUCCUUAACAUUAGCAGGUCGACCAAAAAACGAUUUCCUUAAAAUUCAUAAUUUAAAUUGCAAUAAAGUUUGUGACUGUUCCUUAAUAAAACGUAAAGAAACUGUUAAAUAUUUAGGUAUACUGGUAGAUCAGCAUUUAAAAUGGAAAGAUCAUGCAAAUUUUAUAAAUAAUAGACUAAGAAGACUGAUCUAUAUUUUCUACCAACUAAAAAAUAUAUUAACAUAUAAGCUUUUGCUCACGGUGUAUGGUGCUUUGGCCGAGUCCAUAAUUCGAUAUUACAUAAGUAUCUGGGGUGUAAUGGUAGAUGAUGCCAUUUAUGGCAUUGAAAUCACACAAAAAAACUUAAUAAAAAUUUUGUUUAACAAAAACCGUAGGUAUCCCACAAACCUAUUGUUUAAAGAGGUUAAUAUUUUUACGAUCAGGCAGGUCUUUUUAUAUCAUGCUGUACUAUGGGUCUACAAAAAUAAAAAAGAUUUUCAAAAUUCAGUGGUUUUUACUAACAAUCUAAAUGUACCUCUGUAUAAAAAAACUGGAACUCAAAGAUCACUUUUUUUCUUUGGGCCUAAAGUUUAUAAUUUAUUACCAAAUGAAAUAAAACUAUCCAAAAAUUUAAAUAAAUUUAGAAAGUCUGUCCACCUAGGCAGGAAUGUCUUUUUAGAUAAAGACUCGUACCAUUAUUGCUUUAACAAAGGGGAACCAGGUCCCUCAGGGGCAUUUGUAAAGGAGCUGGCCCUGUCUCUUUUUGGAGCAGGCACACUUGCCAAGUCAAGUGUAUCAGGCAAAGCAACCAAUAGAUUUAAGGGGGCUGUGGCCAAACCUCCUCUUAACCCUACGAAAAUAAGGGCAAUAUGUGAUACUUAUGAACAUUAUCUUCAAAAACAUGGCUGUGAGAAGUCUUUGAUCUCUGCAGAGAUUAAAAAAGUGGGGUUUUAUGUAGGUUCAAAAAUAGCUGACCUAAACAUAGAGAAAAAACCUACUUCCAAGAAAAAUUUAUCUGAACUGCCAAACAUGUCAGAACCAAUAAAAAUCGACAAUGAGUCCAGCAACAAUGAUGAAGAAGAGUCUGAUUAGAUUAAAAGUACAGUACAAUAUCGGACAAAAAUAAAGAAACAUGAAAAACCCUUGAACAGGUAAACUAAGUUAAAGUAUUUUUAUUCAAAAUUUCAAGAUUGUUUCUAACCUAAAGAGAGUUUCAAAGAAAUAUUUUUAAAGCCCUUUUAUAUGGCAUUGAAAAAAGCUCUAAAAAUAAAAAAAAAAUUUGAAGUAAAUAAAAAAUACCCUUUAAAAGAUCCUAUUUUCGUUAGUUUACUCUGAAUAUUUUGUUCAAAUUAAAUUAACAAUAAUGAAGAUUCAGCGACUCAAAAUCGCCAAAUCGACCACUUUUAGGUGAUUUUGUUAAAAACUGUUUAUUUUUGACGACUUUGAAUCGAUUUAUCUUUGUUAUUGUUCAUUUCAUUUGAACAAAAUUUUCAGAGUUUACUAACAA